CUCGUCUGAACGACAUUUCUGAUGCGCUCAACUUAACACCCGCCCCUUCAGGCACCACCGCCAUCACAGUAACGAUAACGCUACCCUCGAUCUUGAAACUGGUUUUCACACCAGAGUUAUCCCGAUCUUUGCAUCUCCCCAUUGCACUCUUCGGCGCUCGCUCACGUGUCCCGCCCACAACCCUCGACGAGACCUCUUUUACCGUCCUCGAUCAGAGGCAACUCAAGUAUCACCGGACCUCGAGUUCCCCGUUCGCAUAUCCUCGCAGGAAAGCCCGACGAGCUCGGGCUUUCCCAGGUACAUAUCUAUCCACGACACACCCCCACACAACCCCGGACCAAUUUGGGAAAUCAGCAAAAAUGGGCAGCUCAUAGUCUCCAGAAAGAAGUGCCCUGGGACGCUUAUGAUUCCACUGCUCGUCAACACAGAAACCAGACCGUCCGUACCACUUCUACUACCAACAGUAGCCCGUUGCAUCUUCUCCAUUUUCCACCUCCAACAGUCUACCAGACCGAAAACGUUGCAGUCAACGACAAGCCGCCGUGCUGAUCAAUUCGAACCGCCAACCCAUCUGCUACCCCUGCACUAUUUCGUCGGUCAAACCAGCUUCCCCUGUCUCUCUUUGAGCAUCUCCUUAGCUUCUGGCCGGUUCUGGCUCUCUGAUGAUUCACUCUGACUCCUCAACGCUUGCUUCGUCGACUAAGAGCGUCCUGUAACCCAACCGCUGCAAUCGAAAACCAUGACAGCCCUGGCUACUAUGGCCGGGGGCAACAAGGCCGUCAUGAAGAGGAACACGAGAGCAUUUGUUGGUGACAACACAGAGCAGGCCCUGGUUGGGCCUCAAUCAGAAAGGUUGGCGAAGGAAGAUGAGAGGGCGGACGUGGGACCGCACAGGAAGGGCUCCAUAGGCACAUUCACAAGUCAAAGCAGCCGCUCAAGCCGCCAAACGAGCCUCGAGUGCUCACCCAUGACUGCCGCGACGUCAUUGGAUACGGAUCUGUCAGAUUUGAGCAAAGAUGAACACUUUAGCCUCCCUGACGCACUUCGCGAUAUCGAGCCUCCACAUGCCGUUCAAGCCUACAGUCACAGUGCCAAAGCUCCCUUGCGGCCAAAUCCUACUUUACCGCUCAUUCCCUCAGAGGGGCGCCCCAAGAACUUCGGUGUCGUUGUUCCUGGGGUAUAUCGAAGUAGCUUUCCACAGACCGAGGACUACCCAUUCAUCGAGGGCCUCAAGUUGAAGACCAUGGUCACAUUGGUCCAGAAGGACUUCCCCGAGGGCUAUGGUGCUUUUCUCAGCAGAAAUGGAAUCAAGCAUCAUGUCUUUGACAUGAAGGGCACCAAGAAAGAAGCCAUUCCCAUAACGACGAUGAAGGCCAUCCUCCGGCUGGUACUCAACCAAGCCAAUCACCCGCUCUUGAUUCACUGUAACCACGGAAAGCAUCGCACCGGCUGCGUGGUUGGGAUCGUUCGUAAGACUCUUGGCUGGGACGUGAGCAAUAUACUUGAGGAAUACCGGAGUUAUGCCGAACCCAAAGUCCGCGAGACCGAUGUCAACUACAUCCAAGGAUUCGAAAUGGCUCAAAUUUCGAACCUCUUCUCCAAGGACAUGAACUUGCGGCGAUGGCGAUUUGGGUCGCCCAAGUUCGCCCACUCCACGGUCGUGGCCAUGAUUUUCUUGUUAUUCUGGUACCAUUUUUCCGGAAUUCCGCUGCCAACUUCGGACGCGGUGGAUCGCAAGCUGCUCACCCAGUAGCUUUUCGGCGUGGCCUUCGGAUGCCCGUCAGUUCUUUUUGGUCAUGUUAUCACACUUUUUAGCCCCCACAACCCCACAGGCACCAUACAGACUCAGCGUAGCUUGAUCAGGCGGCGAGGAGAAUUCCAUUGUCAAAGGAGAAUGAAGUGGAAGGAUUUUGGUUAAAUCGGAAUACGGGAUCCAGCGAAUAUCCUGCUUCGGAGUGGGUACAGUGGCGUGGCGUUGCAAUGGGAUCUUUCGGUACGGGAAAUCUGGUGGGCUGGCAGACGGCUUUUAUUCAGGGGCAUCACAUGGCCACGAACCCAGAUCCGGAGCUGACAGGCCUGCAAUUGCUUUUACUUGCAUGGAAAAGAUAAACUAGGAUGGAGAGCGGAGACUAUCAAGUGCUGAGUGUCUCCUGGCGUUCGUGUGGUUCCUUGGUUUACAUGAGGGCGGUUUCCUAUGUUCAUAUGUCCAAAUCAUGUUUAUGGUUUUUGCAUUUAGUUAUACGCUAUUCAAGCUCAUAGCUCCCAGAAGAGUGAGCAGGAAAUCCAGCACCCAUUUGGCGUCUGCUGCUCAAAG